AUGUCUGAGGCCAUCGAUAACCAUCAAAUCAAGGACGACGUAAAGAAAGCCUAUGAUGAGAUUGCGGAAGUCUACCUGAACUGGACACAACCUUCUUAUGAAAGACGACUUUUCUAUCUCGAUAUUAUGCUUCGAUCCUUUGAUUCUGCUAAGAAAAACCGCGAAAUUAGCAUCCUUGAGCUAGGAUGCGGUGCCGGAGUGCCGUGUACUCAACUGUUGGCAUCGCGUGAGGACAUCAACGUCACUGCCAAUGACAUAUCCGACACUCAGAUCGCCAUGGCGAAGGAGCGACUUCCUGAAUCCGUGAACCUGAUGCCGGGGGAUAUGAUGGAAUUAGAAUUCACCCAGGGGCACUUCGAUGCUGUGAUGGCCAUGUAUUCCAUUUUUCAUCUGCCACGCAAUGAACAAACUACGAUCCUCCGUCGCAUCUACGAUUGGCUGAAACCUGGGGGAACGGCUUCUCGCAAAUUUCCCCGAUACUGGAUUUGCGAGCGCCUCUGA